CGCAGACGCAGCCUGACAACGCUGACUGACAACGCAGCCUGGCACGUCCUGUCCUGUCCGUUGACUUGGACGUCAACCACUCAAAAGUCACGACAUGGCGACACUGGAAUCAGACAAACAUGUGAAAAAGGUCCAUCUGGACUUGUGAUUCGGUAGCCUAGUUGGAAGGAAAGGCUAUGCUAGAGGACAAGAUGGCGAACAAGUCAACUUUAGACGACGUGUUUAGUAACAGAACAGGACAGAAUUCAUCUGUACCAUGUCCGUUCACUGAAACCCGGGAGAAUCCACUGAAGGCGUAUCUCCUGGGAAUCAUCAUUUCAAUAUGUGGGAACUUCCUCAUCAGCAUUUCUCUGAAUAUACAGAAAUAUGCCCACAUGCGUCAGUCCCAGCUGGGCGACUCCAAGCCCUACUACAGGUCCGUGCUGUGGUGGAGUGGUGUGGUUCUGAUGGGGGUCGGGGAGCUGGGGAACUUUGCCGCCUACGGCUUCGCUCCGGCUUCCCUCAUCGCACCACUGGGUUGCGUUUCAGUCAUAGCCAGUGCUGUCAUCUCUGUGGUGUUCCUUAAAGAGACGCUACGAGCUUCUGAUAUUAUUGGUGGUGCACUAGCAGUGAUGGGGACCUAUCUCCUGGUGACCUUUGCCCCCCACGCCACCACUCACAUCACCGCCCACCUGGUCCAAAGAUACGCCGUCAGCUGGCAGUUCCUGAUUUACCUGUUUCUAGAGGUCAUAUUGUUUUCCAUCCUGCUCUAUUUGUACAAGAGGAGGAAUAUCAAGCAUAUAACCAUAGUGAUGCUGCUGGUGGCUCUGCUGGCCUCCCUGACGGUGAUCUCAGUCAAAGCUGUCUCUGGGAUGAUCGCUGAGUCCAUAAAGGGACAACUCCAGCUCACCUACCCCAUCUUCUACGUCAUGCUGGUGGUUAUGGUGGCCUCCUGUGCCUUCCAGAUAAAGUUCCUUAAUCAAGCCAUGAAGAUGUUUGAUGCCACAGAGGUCGUCCCCAUUAACUUUGUGUUCUUCACUGCCAGUGCCAUCACCGCAGGAAUAGUAUUUUACCAGGAAUUCCAGGGGUUGGCUUUGCUCAAUAUAUUAAUGUUUCUCUUUGGCUGUCUGCUCUCGUUCAUUGGAGUUUUCCUGAUAGCCAGAGACAGACCCAAGAUCAAGACUGAAAACAUAACCUUUAUAGCCAUGGGGAAAAUCCCAGGGAGAAGAUCUAAAGAUCAGGUCCAGCCGGAGGCUAAAAGCAACACAUACGGAUCUCUGGCAGCUAAACUGAUGUGUAACAAACCUGGUCCUCAGGACGACUCUUAAUGUCAGCCACACCUGUCUGUCUGUGUACAGAGACUACCUGUGUCAACACUAUACACACACACACUACCCACUAUAUACACACGACACACACACUACACACGACACACACACUACACACGACACACACUAUACACACACACACUAUACACACACACACACCCUCUCUCCUGGGUUGCCAGACUGAAUGACUGACUACAGGGACAAAGUGAGAGCACUGUCUCCAUACUGUAUUUACUAGGAUUUCUGGGAAAUGUUUGCUAUCUUCUAAAUCCCUCCUAAUUCCAGGAGUCUUGGGGACUCUGGGGGGGGAAAGUUAUCAAUUAUCAGGGAAUUGAACUCUGGUGCUACAGAUAGCGAGGAGACAUCUCAGGAUCCAACCCAAAAAUGCACUACAGACACCAAUAAAACGUUAUUAUUUCAUUCUCAAGGGAGGUGUCUGUCCUGACGAACCACCGGAUUAUUCUCUGUUCGUACGAAAGCAACUGUUUGAACGAAUUUCUGAUGAGACGCUUUUAAUAUGGUUUCUAUCAUUGAUUUGUUAAUAAAACUGGAAUGUGGAUAUUUAAAAA